AUGGUCGCGGCUACCAACAGCAAACUCCCGACCCUUCCCGGCGGUUAUAAUUAUCCUGCUCCUACCGUGCCUCCGAAAGCCGGUGCCCCUUACCUUCAGACUUCACGCCUGCCUGAGAACUUCGUCUUCAUAGUCGUGGGAGCCGCUCUGGGGUUUGUGGCUCUUUUGAUAUUUGCCUGGAGGCUCCUCCUGUCGUGGUCCAUCAACCGCAGCUUUAAACGAGAUGCCAAUGCUGGUACUGCAGCCGGUUCUGCAGCCUACACGCCCCUACCCGACCUCAAGAAGAAUGCUGCAUCACAAUCCGGUCACGACAUGGCCGAUCUGAGCAAAUUGCCCAGAUCCUUCUCGAGUGUUCCUAGUCUUUUCUUCUCGCCCACCGCCGAAGUUGCCAAACAAUCACAGCGGCCGCCCAGCCAGCACCUCCCGGCGGGUCAUUACCGCGAUGCCUCCGAUAACUAUCGCCGAUGA